AUGGCAAGCUACAGUAAGACGUACAACCUCCUUGACCCAAAUCAUGUUGCAGAAAUACAAAAAAUGUUGUUUGAAGAGGAUAAUGAUGAAGUUCAAGAGGAUUUUGAAGAUGAAGUAGACACAGAUUGUGAUGACGCAGUUGAAGUUCGGCAGGAAGAUUCAGAAACAGAGGAAAACGACAGUGAAAAUUAUGAGAAAGUACUUGAAGAAAGCCAGCAUUAUCAUACUGGAAGGGACAAAGAGACGAAAUGGAAUAAAGUUCCACCAUCGCAGAAAGUACGUUUCAGGGCCCACAAUAUUAUUCGAAAGUUACCUGGUCCUAUAGCUGCAGCAAAAGCAUUGAGAACGCCUUUUGAAUGUUGGAAUUGCCUCGUAGAUGACGACAUUUUGUCGAUUAUAGUUCUAUAUACCAAUCAGUAUAUUGAGAGCAUCAAAGCUUCUUUUCAGCGAGAGAGAGACGUAAAACCUGUAGAUAUUAUUGAAUUAAAAGCUUUCAUUGGUCUUCUGUUUUUGGUUGGUGUUAACAAAAGUAACAGACAAGGCUUAGAAGAUCUGUGGGGAAGUGAUGGGGAUGGAAUUGAAAAAUUUCGUCUUGUUAUGAACAUAAAACGUUUCAAAUUCAUCAUGCGGUGCCUUAGAUUUGACAAUCGUGUGACUCACGAUGAAAGGAGAAAAUUCGACACGAUAACAACGAUUCGGGAAAUAUUUUCUCUGUUUGUACAGAAUUGCCAGAAAUCCUACACCCUCGGAGAAAACAUUACAGUAGAUAAGAAACUUGAAGGAUUCCGUGAAAGGUACAGUUUUCACCAAUACAUACCCAGCAAACCAAACAAAUAUGGAAUUAAGAUAUAUGCUCCAGUAAAGGCAGGGCUGUCCAUAGUUCACUUUUUGGCUUCAAUAAAGGCUCUACUCUAG